AUGGUGAGUUGGCAUAAACCUCGCGCGGCACAAUGCAGGACUCACGCGGACAAUCGCAUAUUAGGAUGUCAGACUUGUCUUGGCAAACGCGUCAAGUGCGAUGAACAACAUCCGCACUGUAAACGGUGCGUUCGACUUGGUCUGACAUGCGAAUGGGGACGGGGAAAGCAGCCCCUGGCAGCGAGAAGAAGGGGGCUAGGUCCGAUCAAACGUCGCGACAGUGGUUGCUGGACACCUUCUUCGAUUCAACCACGACAGAGCAAUGAACCAAAUGAGAGAAUUACUGAUGCUCGUAAGCAAUUAUCGACGGAGUACUCGAAUUCGGCAUCUGCUUCAUCUCAAGAACGCCCUCCGUCAUCACCAGUCACCAAUACAGAAUCACUAGCUUUGACAGCAUCGGCAAUUGGAUCCUCAAUAUAUGCAUCAGACUCCUUCGUGGGCAGCAGUCAGAAUCAAGAGAGACUUUCUAUCUACCCAUUUCCUCAAGCUAUCACCACACCUCUCCUUCUGGCCGACCCUUUUACCGGCCCGUCUAUCGGCAGCAGCGACACAGAGGCUGUAUCCUUUCAUCGAAGUGUCUUCGCAUCCAUGAAAUCCUCUCGUUCACCCUCCUUAUCAGCACAUUCGCUAUUCCUCGACCACGCGUGGGACAAAAAAAUGGCCUUUCAUUUUCUACUCGCCCUCUCUCACAGCGAGCUCGCGAUUCAUUUUGGUUACGGAGCCCGUCCGACACCGGAGUCAUGUAUUCAUUUGCAACGAGGGUCUGAGCUACUUAUCCAGGCACGCAACCCCGUCGCACCCACUGAUCAUCUAGAGCUGCUGCUUUCAUUUCUGUACAUCUUCAUGUUUUGGAUGCGAAGAGAACGGAUUUCACCAUCGAAGCUCCGGGCUUUGAGCGCUACUGUGCUUGCAUACAUUCGAGAAUUUGAUCUACUUCAGGCCUGCGCCAGCGACGAGAUACACUCGCUAACAGAGCCCAGAACAAACGCGGUGCCAUACAAAGUCCUGCUAUCCCGCGUCCUCGUCUACCUCUACGACAGAGAUGGAUUCUGCAGCUUCUUCGGAUGCGGGGGCCUGUUGGCCUCAUACAUGAGCGCCUAUCAAGACCAGCUACGUAAAAUCUGGCGCCUGUCACGCACAGCCUUUCUGUGGAACAAUGCUCGGGACCCGUUAUCAUCUCCAAACCCAAAGGCAUCAUUCCAUGAAGUCGACGAGGCAGCCACGUUGCAUGUUUACUUCGAAAUGAUUGGGCUUCAUCACGAGAUCAAUCGCUAUAGCCAAAGUGACACGCCAGAUCUUGCCGUCCAGGGUCAAAUUCAGCGCCGUCUGGAUCAGAUUCGCCAGGAGCAUGCUUCUCUCUUUGACAUCGUAAUUAAUGGAAACGACCCCUCCCUGAUGGCCAUGGUCACAGUCACGCAUUUCCAUGCCCUUUGUAUCUACCUCACCCGUAGCCGCGCUUCUGCAUGGGGAAGCAAGCCGAUCCCAAUCGAGGUCCAGUCCGCAAUGAGUGAUCUUGUUACGACCUUGCACUAUACUAUAUCUCGGGGAAAUCAUGUGCAGCUCAUGGAACGAUUUCAGUGGUCUUUAUUGGUCCUGGGGAUUGAGACACAGGAUCCGGUACAUUGGGAGUGGGUGGAUCGGAACAUCUCCGAUGUGGCCAUUCGGGAAGCCUUUUCUUUCAUCUUGGCGGCAAAACGACGAUCUGGCGGAUGCAUCCCCAUGGCUUUUGUUCGGCAAUUGAUUUGUUGCGGGGAAACGGGGGACUGA